AUGUCCCAAACCCAACUCCUCUCUCUCAAGAAAGAAGUAGACGCCAAAUUCGACGCUUUUGUAAACUCCAACGAUGAAUCCGCCAGAGUUGAUGCUCUUGAAACAACUCUCAGGCUGAGCCGGGCCCUGGAUAAGCCGGCUGAUGCUAUCCUCAAACUGUCUCUAUCGCCCUCAUUCUACAUGGCAGUCAAGGUUGGUCGGGAUCUGGAUGUCUUCACCACUUUGGCUGGCUCAGACAAUGGCUCGACCAUUGAGCAACUUGCUGCUCCUAAAAAGGCUGAUCCUGGUUUUGUUGAACGCAUCAUGCGGGCCCUCGUGGCCAUUGGCUUCGCCAAUGAACUCGGUCCUGGUCUUUACAGUCCCAGCAGUCUCUCUCAUGAAAUGACUCGCGAGGUAUCAAUCAACUCUGUCGAUAUCCUCUUCUCCGAAUACAUGCCCACAGUCCUGCACUCGCCCACCUUCUUCGCCAAAACCAACUACCAAAACCCCCUCGAUCCUAAUCACGGCCCCAUCCAACACGCCUUCAACACAACCCUCAACACCUGGGACUGGUUCGCCCAGAACCCAGAAGCAUUGGCUCGCUUCAACGUCUACAUGAAGGGGGCUCGCGGUGACCGUCCUCACUGGGUGGAUUGGUUCCCCGUUCAGCAGGAGGUUCUCGACGGGGCUGUCAAUGAUGCAUCCAGACCUCUUCUGGUCGAUAUAGCUGGUGGGAUAGGCACUGAUAUUGCGUACUUUGUGAAACGGUUCCCCGAUGUGCAGGGGAGAUUCAUACUCGAGGAUCUCCCGUCUGUGAUUGACGAUAUCCAGGAUCUAGAUGGGAGGAUUGAGCGUGUGAAGCAUGAUUAUUUCACGCCUCAGCCGAUAAAGGGCGCCCGCAUCUACUACAUGCGAAGUUCCCUCCACGACUGGUCCGACACCAGCUGCACCACCAUCCUCACUCACAUCGCCUCCGCCAUGGAAAGAGGCUACUCAAAGCUGCUAAUUGAAGAAUUCAUCCUCCCCGAGACGGACUGCCGCGUUCUGCCCGUCUUGUACGAUAUGGCGGUCAUGUUCUACUGUUCUGGUAUCGAGCGGACUCGGUCUACGUGGGAGAAACUGCUGGCGAGGUGUGGGUUUGUCAUAAAAAAGUUCUGGGCGCCUGGUGGCGAUGCGCAGGGGAUUAUUGAGGCGGAGUUGCAGUAG